UGCAAUUAAACUAGCAGUAAUGAAUCAGUCAUGAGAAAUAUAUUAUUUCAGUUUCUGAAACCAUUUUUUCUUCUCAUCAUUACAUUCACAAUUACUUCUCUCUUCAUCGUCUACUUCCAACCAUCACCUUCAUCGUCACCACCGUCAUCAUCUCCGUUGAAGAUUCAACAAGAAAAUACUACGACUACUAUGGCUCGAAGCUUUAUUUUAUGGCUUCAUGGAUUAGGUGAUUCAGGUCCUGCGAAUGAACCCAUCAGAUCAUUCUUCACUUCUCCUGAAUUCAGAAAUACUAAGUGGUUGUUUCCUUCUGCUUCUCCGAAUCCUGUUUCCUGUAACAAUGGUGCUGUGAUGCCAUCUUGGUUUGACAUCCAUGAGAUACCAAUCAGUGCUACAUCUCCGAAAGAUGAUAGUGGAGUGCUAAAAGCAGUUCAAAAAGUGCACGCGAUUAUAGAUAAGGAGGUCGCUGCUGGCACAAAUUCCGAGAACAUAUUCAUUUGUGGAUUCAGCCAAGGGGGUGCUUUGACUUUAGCUAGUGUAUUACUGUACCCAAAAACUCUAGGUGGAGGUGCUGUCUUCAGUGGAUGGGUACCUUUUGGUUCGUCUGUCAUUGAACGCUUCUCACCAAGUGCGAAGAAGACACCUAUUCUAUGGUCCCAUGGUCUCGCCGAUGGAACGGUCUUAUUCGAAGCUGGACAAGCUGGCCCUCCAUUCCUUGAACAAAAUGGCAUACGCUGUGAAUUUAAGGCUUACCCUGGUCUUGGCCAUUCAGUUAGCAAUGACGAGCUGCAAUCCUUGGAAUCAUGGAUCAAAACAAAACUAAGGAGUUCUUCGUGAAAUCUUUCGAAUUCUUGAACUUUUUGUAGGCCUCGGCACUGCAGGCUUAUGUAUGCUGCACACCUUGCUUCAAAAUGAUAUUAAAGUUUCUGACACCCUUUUAUUGCUUUUUAGUUUACAGUUUGUUUACACAAGUAUUAUUCAGAUUAUGUCCUAUCCAUCCUUCUGGGAUGAUUCAUGCCAUCCAGUUAUUCAAGUUUACCGGUGAGCGUGCACAUUGUAGCGCAUACACGAUAAUGUUAAAAAUCGAACAUAUUAUUUGUAACAGCUAAGAACAAGAGAUUGGGCAAUGAAAAUUUUGAUUU